GUGACCUUCAGAGCCGUUGGCUUCCAGUUGGAUGUCUUGGCGCAUUCGCAACGCUGAGCUGCGGCCGUUGUUGCUGUUGCCGAACCCGCUAUUACGGUGUAGCCUCGCAUCAUCUGCGCAGCAACCCGACUGCGCUGACAUCGACUUCAUUCCCUUCUUCUUUACAAGGUCUGCACGGCUCUACACCAUGGCGGAUUCCGUUUAUAGUCCCAAGUUCGCGCCGUUUGUCGGCAUGAGCGGCAUUGCGGCGGCCAUGAUUUUUGGAUGCAUGGGCGCAGCUUAUGGCACCGCAAAGUCUGGCAUUGGUAUUGCGGGUGUGGGCACUUUUCGGCCGGACCUGAUUAUGAAGUGCCUGAUCCCCGUCGUCAUGUCCGGUAUCAUUGCCGUCUACUCCCUUGUCAUCUCCGUCCUCAUUGCCCAGGACCUUAACCCGCCGGCGCUGGGCGGAUCCAACUAUAGUCUCUUCAAUGGAUUUAUGCAUCUUGCUUGCGGGCUCUCGGUUGGCCUGACAGGCCUCGCAGCUGGAUACUGCAUUGGCAUUGUCGGCGACAAAGGCGUCAGGUCGUACAUGCAGCAGUCCAGGGUGUUCGUCGGCAUGGUUUUGAUUCUUAUUUUCGGCGAAGUUCUGGGGCUCUAUGGACUCAUUGUUGCCCUGAUUCUCAACACCAAGAGCAAGGGUUAAAGGGAAUGGGGCCGGUUAUGGUUUGCCAGAAGUUGUGUGCAAAACCUGUAUACAAGUCGCGAGUCUGCUGACGGGGGUGUCAUUUAGAAAGCAUUUGGUCUGGCGUUGACGGAUGUGUACUUGACUCAUG